AUGCUUCGUCAACCACCAUGAGGAAGUGCCAUCAAGCUUUCUGCAGCUGUUGCCUGCCAGUUUCUGAUCAGUUUCGUGGUUUCCGUGUCAAACCAUCUUCUCCUUUCUUUCCAUUUUUCAACGCAUUUUCUUUUUCCCUUUUGCACUUUCUCUGAAGUCGCUGUAUUUCAAAAGCGCACCUCAUAAAAACGAACACUGACGGGCCAUCUCCUCACACUGUCGGUCUCGGCUCAGGACUGAAUAUUUCGUGCGGCGGCUCGACACUCAGCCCAACCAUGUCCGAUGCGACGAGGACAGCCUCGCCAGAUACCGCUCCUCACCGAGGAAGACGGGGUCGCAGAGGGGGGUUCAGAAGAGGUCGUCACACUGGACCAGGUCAACCAGAUGGGUCUGCCGAGGGGAGCCAGCAAGCACCCCCGCACCCGAUCCAGAACCGUCCUGAACCAAUUGUCGCCACUGCGAGCGGAACUGAUGCUGCGACGUCUGCGCUGGAUGACUUGCCCAGAAGGGGCCGAGACGGCAGGGGGACGCAACGCCGCGGUGGGCGUGGGAGAGGUGCGGCCACUCAACGCUCCAUUGUUGUAUCGCAUCGGGGCGGGCGAGCACCGCCUCCCAACAGGGGGGAAGGAGGCAGCAGCGUGCUCGGAGCUGGGCUACGUGCGACUGCUCCAGCGUUUAUUCCGGGCCGGCCGAUAGCCGCUUCCAGCUCUGAGCAACAAGCGUUGGCUCCAGCUCAGCCGCGGCAAGUAGCUGCCGCGAGGGAGUUACCCAAAUCCACAGCAGCAGACCUACCCACCCGCAUCCACGAGGAUAUCGACAACCGGCAGUACGAGUGUGUCAUCUGCACAAACGAAGUGCUGCGGAACUCCAAGGUGUGGUCUUGCUCCAUUUGCUGGACCGUGACCCAUCUUCAUUGCGUGAAGAAAUGGCACGCGAACGCCCCCAACCAGCCCGAGGGUUGGCGGUGUCCAGGCUGCAAUUCCACCCUGACUGAGCAGCCUGGGCCCUACUCUUGCUGGUGUGGCAAGGAGACCGACCCUAAGCCGGUUGCUGGGCUCCCUCCCCAUAGCUGCGGCCAGACCUGCUCGAAAUCCAGGGCGACGUGCCCGCACCCAUGCACUCUGAUGUGCCACGCAGGGCCUUGCCCGCCGUGCACGUUGAUGGGUCCGAGCCAGACCUGCUUCUGCGGCAAGAGUACCUCGACUAAACGAUGCAGCGAGACAGACUACGGGAAUGGAUGGAGUUGUCUGGAGCCUUGCGGCGACUUACUGGCCUGCGGCGAACACAACUGCACGAAGCCGUGUCACCCAGGACUCUGCGACGCCUGCGAGAUACCGUUAGAGUCCACCUGUUAUUGUGGGAAGGAGCAGCAAGAGAUACCCUGCAAUCGGCGUGGCGACGUUUUGGCCUCGUUCAACCACGGCCAAUUGCCCGUCAACCAAGAGUUCUCCUUGGGCAAGUGGUUCCUGGGCUCGUUUCAGUGUGGCAACGUCUGCGGCCGCACAUUCGACUGCGGAGCCCACGUCUGCGAGAAAGCCUGUCAUCCACAGACUGAAGCGGCAGCCCACUGCCCUUUCUCACCCGAUGUUGUCACCCACUGUCCAUGCGGUAAAACACCGCUCAAUUCGAUCCCCGCCGAGCCAAGGCGGUCUUGCCGGGAUCCCAUUGCGCAUUGCGACAAGCCAUGCAAUAAGGUUCUGGCUUGUGGUCAUGCGUGCCUCAGCAAAUGCCACACUGGUUCUUGCCCGCCUUGCACCCAGCACAUCGAGAUAACUUGCCGGUGCGGGAGGACAACGGCGAGCUCCGCGUGCCACCAAGGGCACGUUGAGCACCCGCUCUGCUUCCGUGUUUGCAGAGCUCAGCUUAACUGCGGGCGGCAUGAGUGCGGAGAACGCUGCUGCUCUGGCGACAAAAAGGCGGCUGAGAGGCGGAGACAGAAGCGGACCGCCAACGAAGAUUAUGAGCCGGAGCACAUCUGCCUGCAGGUGUGCGGUCGCCAGCUCAAGUGCGGGAAGCACAAAUGCCAGCAGCUAUGCCACAAGGGGCCCUGCAUGUCAUGCCCCGAGGCUAUUUUCGAGGAGAUAAGCUGCUCCUGUGGGCGGACCGUCCUCCAGCCACCGCAGCCGUGCGGGACGAGACCGCCGGAGUGCCGAUUUCCUUGUACGAGAUCUCGUCCCUGUGGCCAUCCGACUGUUCACCACCAGUGCCACCCUGACGAUACACCAUGCCCGAAGUGCCCAUUUUUGGUGGAGAAGGCAUGCAUUUGCGGCAAGAAGAUGUUGAAGAACCAGCCCUGUUGGUUCGAGGAGGCGCGCUGUGGUCUGCCGUGCGGGAAAAAGCUUAGAUGCGGCGCUCAUGAAUGCAGAAAGCCGUGUCACAAGCCUGGCGAGUGCGAAGACGGCGACGCUUCAGGCUCUCAUUGCUCCCAGCCUUGUGGAAAGGUCCGCAAGUCUUGCGAGCAUACAUGCGCAGACCAGUGCCACGCGCCGUAUCCCUGCAAGGAGGACAAGCCGUGCCAGUCAAAGACCUUCAUAACCUGCCCCUGCCAGCGCCGCAAGCAGGAAGUUCGAUGCCAGGCUACGAAAGCCAACCCGUGGCCUACCGGAGAAUCGACUCUAAAGUGCGACGAUGAGUGUCUUCGGCUCCAGCGGAACCAGAAGCUUGCUGAGGCUUUGAAUAUUGACACCGAGACGCACACGGACGACCAUAUUCCAUAUUCCGACACUACCCUCAAACUGUUCCGCGAAAACAUGACUUGGGCCCAGGCACAGGAGCGCGAGUUCCGCGUCUUCGCUGCCGCACCAGAGGAAAAGCGCCUCCGGUUCAAACCCAUGCCAUCGCACCAGCGGGCAUUCUUGCACGCCCUGGCUGAGGACUUUGGUCUCGACUCGGAAAGCCAGGAUCCGGAACCGCAUCGCCACGUGUGCAUUUUCAAGACUCCCCGGUUUGUAUCCGCCCCGCAGAAGACGCUGGCUCAGUGUCUCCGGAUAGCCAAGACAGCUUCCAACUUGGGGACCGGUGCUUCCCUCCUCACCACUAGGCCCCCUGCGGCCGCUUCUCGGCAGGAAUCGCAGGCAUGGAAUGCAUUGCUGCUCAACAGCCCGCGCUUCGGCCUGACCAUUGACGAACUUGAAGCUGCGCUCGCCGGCGAUCUAGCAACGGCCUCACGAACCGGUCCCGCCCUGGUUUUCACGACGAACUUCCUGCCGUCCGACCAAGUACUCAUCACAGCCACACCCAGCCUUGCCGCCUCGGCCGUUGCUGCCUCUCCCGCUCCCAGGCCACGAGCAGUCGAAUCGGCGCUGGAGAGCUUGAAGCCUGCCGUCGCAAAGACUGUCUCGCGCCUUCGGCUUGCUGGCGCAGUCUCGCUGUGCCAUGUCGAUGCCUCGCGGAAUAUCACCCGGAGUGAAGGCGAUGCGCAUGCCGACGCCGGUGGAUGGAGCGCCGUUGCGAGUCGUGGGUCGUGGCGAAAAGCGGCGAAACAGGCGCCGGGUGCGCAGCCACCGAGCCAGCUGCGUGCUCCGAGCGCGUUUGUUGCGUUGCGGAAGUCAGAGGUGAAGAGAAGUGUUGCUGCGCCGCAGCAAGAAGAGGAUGUGGAAGAGGAUUGGUUUACGGCAGCUGAGAAAGAAGAGAAGGAGGAGGGUGUGGGAGAUGGUGGGAAUGAGAAUGGGGGUAACCAGAACGGAGGGGUGGCAAAUGAAGCGCUCGACGGUGUUGACGUUGAUGAGGGAGCAGGCACUGGGGGGAUUAAGCAGAACUCGGAGCAGGCUGGCGCGGAGCACGCUUCACAUGCGGUCAGCGUUGAUGUCUAAACCCAUCACCUAUAAAAUGGGUUUCUCAUGUUCAAGUAGUGGUCAUUGUCUCGCCACGAACGAGACUGAGCAUGGAUAGCCCCCGGCACCACCAACUCCAUCCAACUUUGGCUCGAGCUGCUUCUGCAGAGCGUGAGGCGCUGCCCGAAUCUAGCAUGCUAACAACCGACCACAUUGCAACCGACUGGAUAUCCUCCAUGGGAUGUACUGGCCUCCCACUCAUUUUCUUUUGACAGUCAUCGAGCCCGCUCCUUCUUCCCCAGCGAGUCUUCCUUCCAGGAGUCCUUCAAAGAAACCGGACCCAUCACCAGCUCCCCAGUCAGUGACGGUUCAUUCACUGUUGCAGAGCUAGGUCCCAUCACCGCCCUGAUCAAUGUGCAGCGAGUCCCCUGGAUGCCCCUGACGACGGAUCGAGGGCAGAGCCAACCGGCACCUUCGUCGUUUGAAGUCACCCGGAGGUCUUAACUUAAAUCUCCCCUUCCCUUCAUUCUUCACUUUGCCUUCUCCUUUUGCCCCCCUUUCAUCUUUUUUUUUUCUUUUUUUCUUCUUUUUUUUUUUU